GUCCAACUAAACGACAGGCUAACUAAUAAUACUCCCAACUAAAAUCAAGCCCCCUAUAAAACCAUCAUAAGAUCAUCCAAAUACCAUUUGAUUAGGAUAGAGUGCCGAGAAGGACAGGAUUAUCCUGUUAGUCGAGAGUAGUUUAUACCUGGCAGGCGGCGAGGAAACAAACAAACACUACACAAAAUCUCGUAUCCGGUCAACCGUAGGCAGGCAAUUUAAUUUAACGCCACAACACUAUUACCAGAAGAGGAGCAUCUGCAGCAGAGAGAGAGAGAGAGAAAGAAAGAGAGUGCGGUGACCAUCCCGUCAAAUGAUGUUAGACAUUAAGAAGACCAGAGGAUUCCACAAGAUUCCACAGGCAUCCAAAUUACAGUCAACAACGAAAGCAGCAUCAUCGCUUGUAGCCACAUCAGGAACCAGUCCAAACGAAGUGCCAUCACCAGGAGGAUCGGCAGGAUCAAGAGUAGGAGCUACUAAUCCGGUGCGAGCGGCCAAUCAGCGCUUCUUCCUAGUGUCCAGCUACAAGGACCCCACAUUUCUGAAGGCCGAAUGCGAGUUGGCCCAUGCGCAUGUGACAACGAGCAAGGUGAAAACCACGUCCCAGCUGCACAGGCGGAGUCGAGCGGGUGAGGAUUCCAGGAACAACAACUACAACGCUAGCCGGGCACCAACGCUGGUUAAUAUGCGACGCACGUCCAUGUUCAAUGGCAAUCAGCAACAAACCACCACCAGUAGCACCACCAUCACCAACACCACCAACAGGAACAGCACCAGUAACACCAGCAACGGAGUGCUCAAGUACAGCGUCCGCUCCACGACGGCAACUGCAACUUCCACGUCUACCAGGAGCUACGGCAAGCUGAAACCGCUCAAUAAUAACCAAACGACCGCUGAAGCAGCUAUGAUGAAUGGACACACCACUAAUAAUAAUAACAACACCAGCACCAGCAGCAACAUCAACAACGGCGGCAACAACAACAUGCUACGCCAAGAGCAGCAACACGAUGACAUUAGCUACAUAGACAGCGAUGAUCCGCCGGCAACUGGUGGCCCUGGAGGCGGAGUAUCGACAGCUAAGAAGAGCAUUUGCUACUUCAAACCCAUCACCCCGCCGCUGCAGCUGCGGCAUCAGCAAAAUCAAGCUCAGCAGCAGGAACAACAGCCGCAACCCAGCAGCUCCAAGUCAGCCAGCCAUCGCUAUCAACGACCCAAGUCCACCAUUAUAGCAUCGGCCCACUCGAACUUCGCGGUCAGCUAUGAGAAGUUCGGUGGUGGUCUCUAUAGGCAGGCCAAUGGCGAGACGAACGCGGAGAGCAGGACCAGCAGCAAUGCCAGAAAAUACGGCAUUGAUUCGUUGAGUAUCAAGGCCUCCAUAGAGAAGUUCAACAACCUCAGUGGUCAGAAGAGGCAAACUCCGGGCUCUGGCUCGGGAGUAGGAGCUACCAGUGCUACAGGGUCCAGUUCAGGAGGCGGACCGUUGUCCGGAACUAUCCGUAGCAAUCACGGAUCCCAGGCAGGUGGUAGCAGCAGCAACCUGCAGCAGCGCUACAGCAGCGACCUGGACAACAUCCGAGUGGCGGCCGGAUAUAGUAGUUCUCUGACCAGAGCAGCCUAUCGGACUACAGCCACAAUGAAUAGUGUUAGCACGCCGGUAGCGGGAACCUCUGGAUUAGGCGGCCCUAUUGGCGGCAGCGGAGGAGGAGGAGCCGCCACGGCGAUGGUUCAGCCCACGAGCAAGGUAACGGUGCGGGGUACUCACGGCAACCGGCAGCCAAUCGCGUGCGAUAGCCUGGCCAUAACCGGCAAGGCAAACAAGGAUGCAACGGCAGCAGAAACACCUACUGUUGCCACUGCCACUGCCACUGCUACAGCCACAGCAACACCCACACCAGCCACGUCUUCCGUCUCCACAGCCACAGCCACAGCUUCAAACUCCGCCAGCGAUAGUACGUUGGCGAGAAGCGGCACUGGGAGUAGCAGCAGUGUCCGGAGCGUCCUGCCGCCCAUGACUCCCACGUCAAGUCGGUACUGGGAUCGGGACAGCGGCACCAGCCGCAGCAGCAUCAGCACCUCCUCCGCGCUCAACUCGUCAUCCCUGAAACACAAUUCGGAUGAUGGCUACAAGAGCGCCUCCGCAUCGCGGGAUGAGAAGUCCGAAGGUCUGUGCGGUCUGCGAAACAUCGGGAACACUUGCUUUAUGAACUCGGUCAUCCAGUGCCUGAGUCACACGCAAGAGCUGACCCGCUUCUUGCGGUCGCACCACGGCUCUCGUUCGUCAUCCACCAAGGAUCAGCAGAUACUCCACGAAUUUGCCAAACUCAUUCAGGAGAUGUGGACCUCUAACGUGCACACGGUAACGCCCAUGGAGCUAAAGAGGGCGUUCUCCACCAAACACCGCAUGUACAGCGACUACAACCAACAGGAUGCACAGGAGUUUCUGCGUUUUUUCCUUGACUCGCUGCAUUCGGCCCUCAACUCGGGCGUCAAGGGUGAGACGCUCAACAUUGACGAUAAUCUCAGUGACAAUAAGAAGGCGGACCUGACCUGGGAGUGGUAUACGCGGCACGAGAACUCUCUGGUGCGCGACCUUUUCGUGGGUCAGCUCAAGAGCACACUGAAGUGCACCACCUGCGGCAACACCAGCGUCACCUUUGAUCCGUUCUGGGAUCUGAGCGUACCGUUGCCGUCUUCUUCUCGCUGCAAGCUAGAGGCUUGCCUCGACCUCUUUAUCCGCGAAGAGGUCCUGGACGGCGACGAAAUGCCCACGUGCGCCAAAUGCAAGACGCGGCGAAAAUGCACCAAAAGCUUCACCAUCCAGCGUUUCCCGAAAUAUCUGGUUAUACACUUAAAACGCUUUUCGGAGACGCGCUGGAGCAAGCUGUCCAACAUCGUUGAAUUUCCCACAUCAGACAGCGAGCUAAACAUGGGCUCUUAUGGCGCCAACUCCAACUCGAAUGUGCAUUACUCGCUCUAUGCGAUAUCGAAUCAUAUGGGCUCAACGGCUGGUGGUCAUUAUGUUGCCCUCUGCAAGCAUCCAGUCUCCCGCAAGUGGCACGAAUUUAAUGAUAAUAUAGUCAGCGAGGCCUUGUCCGAAAACCAUCUCGUUUCAUCCAGUGCCUAUAUUCUUUUCUACGAGCGUACGUAAGGCCCAUUUCGUGCUCUACGGCAACCGGAAGGUGCAGUGUCGAGUACAAUGGGGUUCCAGAUGUCCCGGCGGACUCUACAGAUAGGAUGGAAAUCAAGAUGACCAUGAGGCGGGAUGAGAGCAGGAGGAAACAGGAGGAGCAAACGAACUCUUAGAAACGCUUCGUAGAAUUGCAUACAAACAAUUUACUUAAUUUAACUCAACUUAAAAGCAAAACAAAACUAACUCCUAACUUAAAGCAGAAACCAAAACAAAAACGGAAGAAACUGAAGAAAAUUGCAUACAAAACGAGAGUAAAUGUACAUAUAAAAACAAACUUCGAUGGCUAAACUAUACAACUAAAGGAACAAGAAUAUAACUCCGACGAAAAACAAUGAAUCUGUGCAAUAACACCUUUCGGCAAACCAAGCAACCUCAAGCCGCAGGAUAAACGCAAGAGAAGCAAAUACUAACUAGUGACAGGAUAUUCUUUUAUAAGGAUACUGAAAGCAAUCAGCGGCAGCAACGAUACAAUGUUUCAAUAUUUCUCUCUUUCUAAGUGUUAUUUAUUAAAACUAAAUUUUCAAUUUGCAUCGA